UUUUGUACAUUUUGAAAAACUUCUUUUCUUUCUUUCUUUCUUCCUUUUUUUUCUUUCUUUCUUUUUCUUUUAUUUACUGAUUUAUAUCAUUGUCUUUACUUCUUGUUCUUGACAAAGAAGUAAGCAACUCAUUAACUUUCUUUCAUUGUCAUUCAAACAUUGCUAUACCACUUCGACCUCUCCUCUACUUUUUUUUUUAUCAUCAAAAAACAUAAAGAAUUAUUAGAAUACAUAUAUAUAUAUUAUGUCUACCGUCACACGUCGAAGAGUGGGAGCUAGUGGUUCCUCCAAUCAUCCUGAAGAUAUAAAUGACAACAGUAACAACAACAACAAUAAUAAUAACAACAACAAUAGUAACAGUCAAAAGCAUAUUGAUUCACCAUCCUCUGAAAAGAAAAUAGCCUUUGAUCCUCGUGAUCUAGAUGAAUCCAAAGCCAAUCCCAAACUUACUUUGAUGGAAGAAGUAUUAUUAUUAGGACUCAAGGAUAAGCAAGGUUAUCUCUCGUUUUGGAAUGACAGCAUUAGUUACGCACUACGUGGAUGUAUUGUUAUGGAACUUGCUUUCCGAGGUCGUAUUGCAAUGGUGAAGGAUCCCAACCGACGAAAAUAUCCAUUAUCGGAUCGACAUAUUGAAGUCAUCAAUGACAAACUGACUGGUGAAGUUUUAUUGGAUGAAGCCUUGAAAAUGAUGAAAGUUAGUGAAAAGAUGAGUGUGGCUAGUUGGAUUGAUCUGAUGAGUGGUGAAACUUGGAAUGUAAUGAAGAUUGGAUAUCAAUUAAAACAAGUACGUGAACGAUUGGCAAAAGGUUUGGUGGACAAGGGAGUAUUACGUACAGAAAAACGCAACUUUUUACUAUUCGAUAUGGCAACCCAUCCUGUGGCGGACACGGCAGUCAAAGGAAAUUUGAUCAAAUUGGUAUGUAUGAUGUUGACCACACACGUAUCUCCUAACGCCAUUGAAGCCGUCACCGAUAUCCCUUUUGCUUACCUACGUGCGAUUGCCAUGAUCUGUGCUGCCUAUGCUGCUAACGUUUUGGAAAAUGCUCUGCUAUAUUUGGAACCUGAUUCACGGGAACAUGCUUUCAACAAAGUAGAUGAACUUAUGAACGAUUAUUCUACUUGGCCUUUUGCUGGUGAAGGUGCGAAACUAGAUAUACCUACUGGAAAAGAAUUAUCUUUGGAAGUCAUUGCAAGUGUUUUGAAUGUAUUGACUAAAAUGGAUGCUAUACUUUGAAAUAAAUCAUUAUUCCUGUCUGUAUUCUCAACAAAUAUCAUAGCCUUUGACUUUCUUCCAACUUUUUUUUUUUUUGCUAUCUGUUUAUACAUUUAUACAUCUCUUUUCUUCAUCAGUUCCCUUUUUUUUUUAUAUAUCUUCUAUACUCUUCUUAUCCCCAGCUCUCUUUCUCUUUCACACACAUUUCGCUACAAAAAUUUACUUUUCUUUUAUUAUUCUUAUUAUUCUUAUUCUUAUUUACCAUAAACAACCUAUCCUUUUUUCUUUCUUGUCUUCCUCUCUACCACUAUAUGCGAUAUGUUUAU